AUGCUGCCUGCUACCUUCAAGUUGUGUGCGGGAAUCUCCUACAGGCACAUGCGCAACAUGACUGGUUUACAAAAGAAUGCCCUGGUUGCUCUUCACCAUGAGUUGAACAGGCUGGCUGGUCCUGGGCCAAGCAGCUGGAUAAACCAUGUCCGAAGGCGAAGCUCUCUCCUCAGCUCCCGUAUCAUUGAGCAGGAAGGGUUGAACGAAGCAGAGUUGUCUUAUGUUAAACAAGGAGAAGAUGCAUUGAACAAAGCCAUAAGUAUUCUCAGUGAUCAAGACGGCUGGACUGUGGAGACUGUUGCCGCAAAUGGAGACAAGGUGUUGAGUAAAGUUCUUCCAGACAUUGGGAAAGUGUUCAAGUUGGAGGUGAUGCUGGAGCAGCCUCCGGACAGCUUGUACGAGGAGCUGGUGGGAAACAUGGAGCAGAUGGGGGAUUGGAAUCCAAAUGUCAAACAGGUCAAGAUACUCCAACAGAUCGGCCAGGACACAAUGGUCACACAUGAGGUUGCGGCUGAGACCCCUGGUAACGUGGUGGGCCCCAGGGACUUUGUGAGUGUGCGGUGUGCCAAACGCAGAGGCUCCACCUGCUUCCUGGCGGGAAUGUCCACCCAGCACCCCAAUAUGCCCGAGCAGAGGGGAGUGGUGAGAGCUGAGAAUGGACCGACCUGCAUAGUUCUUAAGCCCUGUGCUGAAGAUGUCACUAAAACCAAGUUCACCUGGUUACUGAGUCUAGAUCUAAAGGGCUGGAUCCCAAAGACUAUCAUAAAUAAAGUGCUUUCCCAGACGCAGAUGGAUUUUGCCAAUUACCUCCGACACAGGAUGGCCGCUCAUGCUCCUAUGGAAAUGGCCUCUGUCGCCUGCUGA